GCCUUCGCCCAGUCUGAUGAGCGGCUCGAGCAGAGAAGUCCUCGCCAUGGAAACGAGUCAUCCGGACCACGUCAUCUCCUUCGGGAAGAAGAAGGGCUGCUACGUCAGUCGCUGCGUGGCGGCGCUGCUGGGGGUCUUCUUCCUCAGCGGGAUGGUCGCCACGGGCCUCCUCGUCUACUACUACGCGCCGCACAUCCGGGACUCGCAGCGGGAGUCGUUGAUUCUUCAGAAGCCUGUGGUCCCGCUGCACAAGUCCCUGCCGCCGCCGACGAGAAGGCCCUCCGCCACGCCAACGACCACAGAGACCCUCAGACCCACGGUUCAGCCCCCGACGACCUCCGCCACGGCAGCCCCCGCCGCAGAGGUCUUGGACGUGCGACUGCCGACGGCACUGAGGCCGCUUCAUUACCUGAUCAGACUUCAGCCCUUCAUCAACGGGAACUUCAGCAUCCUCGGCUACAUGGAGGUGGAAAUGGAAGUCUUGGAACCAACGUCCAACAUCACGCUGCAUAUCGCCGAUAUCAUCACUCAUAAUGAUACUGUUGCUGUGGCGGCCUCGGGGGAAGAGGCAGGUCCGGGCAUAAGGAUCAAGAGGCACCAGUACGACCACGACCGCCAGUUCUACGUCGCGCAGCUGGAACACCAACUGGAGAAGAGCAAGAAGUACGUACUGUCGAUGGAGUUCCUCGGCUACCUCAACGACCAGCUCCGCGGAUUCUACAGGUCCACUUAUAAGGAUGAAGAUGGAAGCGAUAAAAUGUUGGCCGUGACCCAGUUCCAGGCCACGGACGCGCGCCGGGCCUUCCCUUGCUUCGACGAGCCGGAGAUGAAGGCGACGUUCGAAGUCUUCUUGGCCAGGGAGGAGAAUAUGUCGUCGAUCUCAAAUAUGCCGAUCAAGGAGACUUUCCCAAUUGAAAACCAGGAAGGGUGGGUGUGGGACCAUUAUCACAGAAGCGUUCCAAUGUCUACUUACCUGGUUGCCUUCGUGGUGUCAGACUUUGCCAAUUUAAAGUCUCGGGCGAAUGAAAACACCUUCUUUCGGGUGUGGGCAAGAGAGUCGGCGAUCCAGCAGGCGGAGUACGCGGGCCAAGUGGGUCCCAUGAUCCUGAACCACUUCGAAAAGUACUUCAGCAUGCCUUACCCGCUGCCGAAGCAGGACAUGAUCGCCAUUCCGGACUUCUCUGCGGGAGCGAUGGAAAACUGGGGCCUGAUUACCUACAGAGAAACAGCGAUGCUUUACGACCCUGUGGUGUCGGCGGCCUCCAACAAGCAGUAUGUGGUGGCAGUCGUGGCCCACGAGUUGGCGCAUCAGUGGUUCGGCAACAUCGUCACGCCGAGCUGGUGGACUGACCUCUGGCUUAAUGAGGGCUUUGCCUCCUACGUCGAGUACAUCGGGAUCAAUCAUGUCGAGCCCAAGUGGCAGGUGAUGGAGCAGUUCGUGCUGCGGGAGGUGCAGGAGGUCUUCGGGCUGGACUGCCUCGAGUCCUCGCAUCCGAUCAGCAUCCCCGUCGGCCAUCCGGACGAAAUCGGACAAAUAUUUGAUAGGAUUUCUUACGGCAAAGGUGCAUCUAUAAUCCGUAUGAUGAACCAUUUCCUCACUGAGGUCACCUUCAGAAGAGGCUUAAGGAACUAUCUCGAUGCUUUCAAGUAUAGCACCGCGGAACAGGACGAUUUGUGGGAAUACCUGACCGCCGUCGCGCACCAGGACGGAACGCUGCCCCGAGAUCUGACGGUGAAGAUGAUCAUGGACACGUGGACGCUGCAGAUGGGCUACCCCGUCGUCAAAGUGACGCGGGGCCCCGACGGCACCUCGGCAGUUGUAUCUCAGGAACGUUUUCUCCUGGUAAGAAGUGAAAACUCCAGCGACACCCACGACUACAAGUGGUGGGUUCCGCUGACGUACACGACCCAGAGCGAGGCCAACUUUAACCAGACUCAGGCCAUGGUGUGGAUGAAGGACGCCGAGGACCAGAUCAGCCUCUCAUCCCUCCCCCCGAAGGACCAGUGGGUCAUCUUCAACCUGCAGGAGACGGGCUACUACAGAGUCAACUACGACGACCACAACUGGGGCCUCCUCAUCCAGCAGCUGAGGAACGACCACGAGAUCAUCAGCACCAUCAACAGAGCCCAGAUCAUCGAUGACGCCAUGAAUCUUGCGAAAGCGGGUCAGAUCACAUACGAGACCGCUCUGAGCGUGUAUACCUACCUGUCGAAGGAGACGGAGUAUGUGCCCCUGGCUGCUGCCAUCAACAACUUGGGCUACCUGAGAAGUAUGUUUGUGCGGGCAGGUGGUUAUGGUUCCCUCAGGAGCUACCUGCUGGAUAUCCUGGUGCCGCUCUACGAGUCCGUGGGCUUCGAGGACAGCCCCGACGACCCUCUGCUGGACCAGUACAAGCGGACGAAGGCGCUCUCUUGGGCGUGCCUCUUGGGCCACCAGCACUGCCUGGACAGCGCCUCCGCCCUCUACCGCACCUGGAUGGCCAACCCGACCAACGACAGCAUCAUUUCGCCAAACCUCAAGUCGACGGUUUACUGCCGCGCCAUCGCCGAGGGCGGGGAAGCCGAGUGGAACUUCGCUUGGCAUAAAUAUCUCAAGUCCAACGUCGGGGCCGAAAAAUCCAGGCUCCUUUCGGCUCUGGGAUGCACCAAUGAAAUCUGGAUCUUGUCCAGGUACCUCGAAAUGGCCUUCACCCCAGACUCCGGCAUAAGGAAGCAAGAUGCAUAUCGCGUGUUCGGGGCCGUCGCCAAGAACGUGGUCGGUCGGCCUCUCGCCUGGAACUAUCUUCAGAAUGAAUGGGACAAGAUUUACGACUUCUACGGGAAGGCGAAGCCCCACUUCAUCAAGUACGCGACCGGAGGCUUCAACACGGAGCAGCACUUGAAGGAGGUGGAGCACUUCCGGCGGGAGCACGAGCACCACCUGGGUUCCGCGUCGCGCACGGUCGAGCAGGUGAUCGAGCGCACGAAGAACAACAUUGCCUGGAUGAAGACCAACUAUGACGUCAUUGUGAAGUGGUUGGACGCGAACGGUUAUUCGACGAAACUCAGCACAGCAUAGGCUUAGAGAUAGAUCUUAUUUUAUUACUGAUUCAAGAUUGUUAACUUCGCCAGGAAAUGUGUAUCAGAUCUAUGUGUACUUAAUAGAAUGAUUUGCAAGUCCCUGCUUCAAUAUACCGGUGGAAUAUCAUCACUUGGAAGAUAAACAGUAAUGCAUUUAUGUUUGGUUUUGUCCUCUUUGUAUAUAGAACCGUUUUUUGAACCAUUGUUACCCCUACCUAGUUUCCCUCACAAUGCUUAUAGUAUCUACUUCACUCAUAUAUUUUUAAUAUGAACAUUAAGUAAAGUUCCAUCGUGUUGAGUGAUUCAGUCUGUUUUGACUAAGGUAUUUAAAGGUUUGACAAUCGCAGGAAAUGAAUGGCAAUGUAACGUACUUAACAAACUACUUAAUGUCGAUUUUUUAAAAAGUGUUGCGCAUUCGGCAAGACAAGAGUAUUGGAGUUAAGGCGACAGUGCAUUCACACUUUCAAGUCAUGCUAAAGCACCGAUACUUUUUACAUUUUUUCAUUCCAUAAGUCUUUGUGACUCUUUGUGUGAGCUUUUGGUGAAAAAAACUUGUCCGUUGCAGGUUGAAGUUGAACAUCAACAUUACAACAUUUACUCUACCAUUUCAUUAUCAAGGGAUUGCAUCAUAUGUAGUCAGUGACUUUGUGAAUGAUUGUAUAUAUAUAUAUAUAUAUAUCGAUUUCUCUUUUCUUAUGAAACAAAUUUAUUUUCAGAAGAGAGAGAGAGAGAGAGAGAGAGAGAGAGAGAGAGAGAGAGAGAGAGAGAGAGAGAGAGAGAGAGAGAGAGAGAGAGAGAGAGAGAGAGAUACUUGGUGGUGUAGCGAAAAGAUAUUUAUGGAGGAUAAUUAUGCCAGUUGGCAAUCAAAAAUCGCCCCUAAGUAGAUAGAAACGAAGAAGACUACGUGUCCAGAAAUAGUGUUUAAAAUAGUGCCCGCCAAUCGUUUUGAAGACGUCCAUUUCUUGUGCUGAUUUAAUGAAAGCCUCUUUUUUUAAAUCUAACUUUUCUAACGUUUUGAAUUUACAUUCGACAAUGAUUUCGGCCAAGGAAUGAUAUUUUGCUUUCAAUUAUGGAUUGUAUAUGUCACACCCAAUGAAUAAGAUGUGUAAAAAGGAAGCACACUGUAUCGUAAAUCUCCAAUAAUCCGUACCUGUUCGGCAGGGGUCGGCGGUUUCAACUGUCGCCUGGAGGUUACCGCCGUCUCGGGCACCGCGGUGGGUAAGGACUAAGCUCAGUCGAGUCAGCUGAGCUUUGCGAAGUUGUUUUCUUAACUUCGCAAAGCUGACUUAUCUUUACUCUUGAUAAACCAAAAAGUGCUGUUUCUCUGGAUCCAGAAUCACCUGUCUCGCCGCUCCAACGAACAGAGACUGGACGAUGUAUAUAUAUAUAUAUCGUUCAGUUUAAGGGAGAAGGAGAAAUAACAUAUAUUAUGCAUGAGGCCAUUAGGACACAUACAAACGGAAGGAUAAUUGGCAAUGAAUCCGAGAUAAACUACAGUGAGCUACAAUGCUGAUCUGUCAAUUGUUUCCCUUACGACUAUAUUUCGUCUUUCAAAACGUUCGCUCUUUUCAUCUCUAAUUGUUGCAGAGGCGAUGCACAUGUAUGCACAGUGAUGUUUAUUUCCGGUUUGCUAAGAGCACUAUCUUUCUUAAAUAGUAGUGUAUUUAUUAUCAUGCGUUUCUAAACUCUUGUUUGUUGAAAAGAUCGUACUAUCUGGAUUGUACUCCGUUAUAUUUAUCUAUCUAUCUGUCUAUCUGUACAUGCAUACAUAUAUCUACAUAUACAUAUAUAUAUAUAUAUAUAUAUACAUAUAUACAUACAGACAUACAUAUAUAUAUACACAUAAAUAUGUGUAUGUAUACACACACACACACAAGAUAUAGAUAAAUAGAUACAUAGAUAGAUAUAUAGAUAUAGCUAUAGUUAUAUAUGUAUGUAUGUAUGUAUGCAUGUAUGUAUGUAUGUGUGUAUGUAUGUAUGUAUGUAUGUAUGUAUGCAUGUAUGUAUGUAUGUAUUUUAUGUAUAAAAAUGUACAAAAAAGGCAUUUCCAUGACAGACGAUACCUCAAUCUUCAAAAUCUUCAGCACGUGGCGAGGGCUGGGAUCAGUGUCACUCUUUGCAAGGGUAUCGAGGCAAAAAAAAUGAUGCCCGUGAAAAUCGCUCAGCCUAAGGCAGGAUUGGGAAAUGGUAUCACGGGUAAAAAUAUGCAGUAUGAAUAGGCGUCGUUAUCAUGGGGUGACAGCAAGAGCUUGGGACAGAUAGAGGAAGUGGCCGUGGAAGAGAAAAACAUUGUGCAAGUAUCAUGAUUUCACAAACACGCACACAUAAAGAGAGAAAGAGAGUGAGAGAGAGAGAGAGAGAGAGAGAGAGAGAGAGAGAGAGAGAGAGAGAGAGAGAGAGAGAGAGAGAGAGAGAGAGAGAGAGAGAGAGAGAGAGAGAGAGAGAGAGAGAGAGAGAGAUAGAGAUAGAGAUAGAGAAAGAGAAAGAGAGAGAGAGAGAGAGAGAGAGAGAGAGAGAGAGAGAGAGAGAGAGAGAGAGAGAGAGAGAGAGAGAAAGAGAGAGAGAGAGAGAGAGAGAGAGCUUUACAAACGAAUGUUCAGAUGGUGCUUCAUAAAUCACAACUUCUUAAAUAGGUAUUCUUGACCUUCAUUAAUUUAUGUUUGCGUUUUAUUCAUUGUUUGUGUGAUUCUUUUAUACAUUUCCUCUUAUAUGUCCUGUAAAAAAAGGAAAAAAAAUACAGAUUGUUAAGAUAAAAUUUAAUGUUUUCUUAUUAAUGUUGGUUGUAUUGUCACUAGGAAUUAUGUAAAUAAAUUGCUUCUAUCCCAAAA